GAACGUGUUUUUCCCCCUGCUGAGGCUGCAUUGCUACGAAGUUUACAGUGGCCACAUUUGGAGUUUUGGAGUUAUUCUGUAGCAGCGCACAGAACAGUUUUGGUACAUUUCACUUCGUCUUCUUGGUAACAUAAACCGGUGUGUAGCCAUUGUGUUCUGAAGACGAGAAAACGCCUGUGAGCCGCGUGGAUACAGAGAGCUAAGCUUUCCAUCUGCUGACGAUUUACAGGUAGAUGGGAGAUUUGUAGUGCUGGUAAUUGUUCUCGCUAACACGUGAACGAGCGCUGCUCCACUUUACUGUGGAGCACGUGCGCGUUGUUAUUUUAGUUUACAGUGUGGCCAUUCACAGAUUCAGUAAGUUGUUCUAUGUUUUCUUACUAAAAUAUUCUUCUGCAUGGUGGAAGUCUAUAACCACCCGUAGUUUAGUUUAGAUGUUAGUGUGAAAACUGUUCUACAGGUAAUAAACUGAGGAUUUUGACGCUUGCGGGGAACUGAACCAAAACUACCACAUUGAUUCCAAAACAACAUGCCCAUAAGGCAUUUUGGGGGUCACAAGUCUCUGGUCUCUCUUUCUCAAACUCCAAAGCUUUCAUAUGGUUACAAGAAAAUGAAUCGUUCAAGAAGUGGCUACCGUGUUUUUUCUGCUAACUCCACCACCGUCUGCACCGAGCUGGCCAAAAAGAUCACAGAACGCUUGGGUGUGGAGUUGGGAAAGUCAAUGGUUCAUCAAGAGCCAAACACAGAGACUAGAGUGGACGUGAAAGAGUCUGUCCGUGGACAAGACAUCUUUAUCAUUCAGACCAUUCCCAGAGAUGUCAACACGGCCAUCAUGGAGCUGCUGGUUAUGGCCUAUGCCCUGAAGACGUCCUGUGCCAAGAACAUCAUUGGAGUCCUUCCCUACUUUCCUUACAGCAAGCAGUGCAAGAUGAGGAAGAGAGGAUCCAUUGUCUGCAAGCUGCUAGCAUCCAUGUUAGCUAAAGCAGGGCUAACUCACAUCAUCACCAUGGACCUCCACCAGAAAGAAAUCCAGGGCUUCUUCAGCUUCCCCGUUGACAACCUGAGAGCUUCCUCUUUUCUCAUUCAGUACAUCCAGGAUGAGAUCCCAGACUACAGGAAUGCUGUAAUUGUUGCAAAGUCUCCUUCAGCUGCCAAGAGAGCUCAGUCCUACGCUGAGAGGCUGCGGCUCGGGCUGGCUGUAAUGCACGGAGAGGCCCAUCAUUCAGAGUUGGACAUGGCUGAUGGAAGACACUCUUCCCCCCUUGUCCGCACCACCACAGGACACACCGGCCUGGAGCUGCCAUUGAUGAUGGCGAAGGAGAAGCCACCCAUCACUGUUGUUGGAGAUGUAGGAGGCAGAAUCGCCAUUAUUGUUGACGAUAUUAUAGAUGAUGUGGAGGACUUUGUUGCAGCCGCAGAAAUCCUGAAGGAGAGAGGGGCCUACAAGAUCUACAUCAUGGCUACACACGGCCUGCUGUCUGCAGAUGCACCAAGACUAAUAGAGGAGUCUGCUAUCAAUGAGGUGGUGGUGACCAACACUGUACCUCAUGAGGUGCAGAAACUGCAGUGUCCAAAAAUCAAAACUGUGGAUGUCAGUAUGAUCCUGGCUGAGGCCAUCCGGCGCAUCCACAACGGAGAGUCCAUGGCCUAUCUGUUUCGUGACAUUGCUUUGGAUGAUUGAGGCAACACACACUUGCAUUUACAUUCCUGCACACACACACACACACACACACACCGAUGACCAAGAAUCAAGAUUGAACAAGUUUUGCCUCAACCUGUUGUUUCUGUUUGUUUUGCCGAUGAACAUGUUUUGGCUGCAUUCACUGAAUGUGACAUAUAAAGCAACUCAAAUUGCUUUACUCUUCUGAUAUGUUACACAUUAGGAUUGUACAAACAAGACAAACAGUUUCACUUCACUAAUAUAUGCUUCCUACAAUCUGAAAUCAUAAAUAGCACAACAUAAUGUGUCAUGUGCAUCAACUCAGUAUGCCACUGAAUUUGGCAAAUAAAACAGUUGGGGGAGUGAA